AGACAUUUCAAUCCAUAGCUUCUCCAAUAUUUAAUCUUGUUUCGGUUUAUUUCUAUUAAACUUGUCUUGAAAGAAUGGUUAGAUCUCCAUGCAGCCACGCCAGUGCCUUGAAGAAAGGGCCAUGGACGCCGGACGAGGAUGAGAAGCUAAUUGAUUAUAUUAAGAGAAAUGGUCAUGAAAAUUGGAAAGCACUGCCUGAGCUUGCAGGGUUGAAUAGAUGUGGGAAGAGCUGCCGAUUGAGGUGGACAAAUUAUCUGAGGCCUGAUAUUAAGAGAGGGAAAUUUUCUGAGGAAGAAGAACGAGUCAUCGUCAACCUUCAUUCUGUUCUUGGAAACAAGUGGUCAAGGAUUGCUAGCCAUCUUCCCGGACGGACUGACAAUGAAAUAAAAAACUUUUGGAAUACUCACAUAAGAAAGAAGCUUCUUCAAAUGGGGAUUGACCCAAAUACGCACAAGCCAAGGACUGAUCUAAGUCAUUUUCUGAAUCUCUCUCAGUUGCUUGGUGCGGCACAAUUUGGCAACAUUGCAAGUCCAUGGAACAAUUUUCUGAAGUUACAGGCAGAAGCCACUCAAUUAGCCAAUAUCCAGUUGUUGCGGAAUCUAUUACAGAUGAUGAAUACAAACACACUAACAAAUAUUGAGAGCAACAGUCUGUCAGGAUCCCAAAAUCCUCACCAGUUUAGAGGACUCGUCAAUGGGACAUCCAUCUCCAAUACCAAUGAACCUACCCCAACAUCUCAGGAUCUUGUUAACCCACCUGUAACUCCUCAAGUUCACAAUGACUUCCAAGCUAUCUCAAAUUUAUGGGCAAGCUGUGAAGAUGGAUUCGGCCCUGAAGGCGUUAACAUCAACAGUGACACCUUGAGUAGUUCCUACGGUAUUCAAACGGAACAAAAUCCACUUCCUGCAUUGGUUUCAGCCUCAACUUCCCCUGUUACUUCCAUCGUUUACCAAAAAGAACGCAAGGGUGACCCAUCAAACUACUCCACUGGCACGCCUACCUCCACUAUCUUUGAGGCCUGGGAGAAGCUGAUCGAUGAUGAAAACUAUAGCUCCUACUGGAAUGAUAUUUUGGAGUAGUUUGGCAUCAUCAUGAUCACAUAACUCCUAGUGAAACAGUACUCUUUCAACAAGCAUCGAUACAUGCUAGCUCUUUUUUUGUUGGAUAAUCAUCGAGAGUAUAUUGGAAAGGCCAUAAAAUACAUGCUAGAUCUUGGCGCAGCAAACACAAUUCGUUCAUUUAAAAUCUUAUGUAACACUAUCAUUUUUAUUGUUUUACGUGUAGAGUCUGUUCGGGAAAGAUUG